AUGGAGUCGCUUUUGAAAAAUCUCAAGAAACAAGUUACUUGUUCGAUUUGCCUCGAUACCUACACCGAGCCCAAAACUAUAUCAUGUCUUCAUACGUUUUGCUGUGAAUGUUUGGAGAAACAUGCAAGAGUGAGCCAGAAAAAGGGAACAUUCAGAUGCCCCGAGUGUCAGGCAGCGAUCGAUUUACCAGAAGGAAAUCGCUUCGACCGUUUGCCUAACAGCUUUUUCCAUAAAAGUCUGUUGAGUCUUCUCGCUGUUCGGCAGAGUGGCGAGACAGGUAGUAUUACUUGUUAUCAAUGCAGCGCAACCAACCCUCAGAUGUACUACUGCUUCGAAUGCGGACGAUUCAUGUGCCCUGACUGUUUCAACGCACAUGAGCUGCUCAAGAAGUCUUUUCAAGGACACAAAGUCACGCCACUUCAAGACUUCAAAACAGAAGAUUACGAAGCAUUAUUAAGGCGACAACCAUUUUGUUCUCAAGAGUUCCACGAGAGAGAAAUUACACGGUUUUUUUGUUCGCAGUGUCAAGUUUGCAUUUGUCAGAUUUGCAUAGUCACGGAUCAUCAAAACCAUAAAGUUGAUCUUCUCGACAAAGCAGCACACAAGGAGAAGCAUAACAUCAUGUCGGGUGCUAAAUUGAUCAAGAAAAUGGAAAGCGAGCUCCGGAAUGUCAUUAAGCAGUUUGAAGAAACCAUUUCUGAGCUGGAAAGCAAUAUGGCAACGGCUAAGCGAAGCGUCAGGCAAGCAGCUGAAUACGUGAUCGCAGAUAUUCGAGAGCGCGAGCGAGAGGCGUUAGAAUCCCUCGAGGCAACACGCGUUUCGAGACUCCAUAAAAUUAACUCGGCUAAACAGGAAGUGGAAUCCUUAGCAAAACAAAUGAGCCAAGCAGCUCAGUUUGCGGAAAAUAUGGUGCAGAGAACCUCAAGCUCGGAUAUUAUGCAGAACAAAGAAACUUUAAGGACCAAAUUUGAAGAGCUUCUGCGAGUUGAAGUUCCAAAACAUCAGCAAACGACAUUUAUUAAAUUCACCGCGGCAUCUCAAAAGAAAUUGAAAUUGGGUUUUAUCGAAGGCACUGAAGACACCACAAUGGCAGCUAAAUCAACUUUAGAAGGACUGGAUCAAACUUUCCAGGCUGGUGUAGAAGCAGAGUUUAAGUUAUGUCCAAAGAAAUCUGGAGGAGAGAUAAGUAACCAAGCUGAUGUUAAAGGUCGAGUUGAAUUGCUGAUUAAACCCGUCAAGGAUAUUACAGACGUGAUUGUUGAAGAGAAAGAAAAUGGCAAUCUUAGGUUGAAGUUUACUCCCAAAGUACCAGGGGCCUACAACAUUGAAGUGAAGAUUAAUGGCGAUAAACUACCGACCUGUCCCAUGACUGUGCAGGUAAAAGAACGUGAACUUUUUGUGAUCAGUGAGUUGAAGUUAAAGCUCUUUCCAGGGGACAAGUUUGAACGGUUAUAUGGCAUUGCUGUGAAUACAGAAGGCCAGAUAGUUGUGACAGAUACCUUUGGCCACUGUGUUUAUGUUUUUGAUAAAGAUGGCAACUGUUUGAGAAAAACUGGAAGCGAGGGUAGCAAUACAGGACAAUUUCAGUACCCUCAUGGCAUUUCGUUUUUUAAUGACAACGAAGUCCUAAUUGCAGACCUAGGGAAUUUCAGAAUACAACGACUUAAUAUUCAGACAGGAACUGUAGUGAAAAGUUUUGGAAAAUUCGGUAAAGAGAAAGGAGAGUUAGGUAAUCCAGUAGACGUUACUGUGGAUGAUAUAGAGCGUAUUAUUGUAACCGAGAGAGAAAAUAAUAGGAUACAGGUAAUGUCAAAGGAAGGAGAGUCUAUUUUCACAUUUGGAGACAAAGGUCCAGAGAAACUUCAUGGUCCAAUCUGCUGCGUUCUUCACAAAAACAUGUUUCUCGUAUCUGAUAAAGGAAAGCACUGCAUAAAAGCUUUUGAUCAGUCAGGAACAUUCUUAUACAAGUUUGGCAAAAAAGGGAAUCAAGAUGGACAAUUUAACUUGCCGCGUGGUUUACUUGUAGACAGCUCCAAUAAUCUUCUAGUAUGUGACACUGACAAUUACCGAGUUCAACAGUUUUCUUUAGACGGUCGCUUCACCGGCAAAAGUAUCACUCGAUUAUCUAAGCCUAUGGCAAUAACAAAAGCACCAGACGGGCGUAUUCUUGUUACUAACCAUGAUCAGAAAAAAGUGUACAUUUUGAAAUAGACUCUUUCAAAAGUGAACUUUGCUUCUUGAGCCGCUCCUUACCUGUGUUUUGUUUUACUUUUAAUGCUGUUUUAUCACUUGUUUGGAGGAACUCUUAGAUAAUAUCAAGACUUACAAUUACACUUGGAGUCAAAAACCUUUUGACUUGAAGUAGUUCAAGCCGCUUUAAUCUUCUCCAUCCGUCGUCACUUGGCCAUCUAUGUUUCUUCUCGGUUUAUUAAUACCCUCUUUAAUUGCUAUUUCUCUGAUCUGAAGUUUUAUUUGGUUUUUUUUAAGGUCAAGGUAUUUCUGUGCAUCGUCGACAGCGAUUUGAAUAAUCUAAACUAAGAAAUUUGAGAGAGAGUCCUCAAAAAUAUCUAGGGUAACAGAAAAACCACAAGCUGUGUAUAAACAUUAAACAACUUCGACUAUUUUAUAGGCUGAGAAUAUUUGAGUAGAACACGUUAAGACCAUGUGCUGCUUUUGGCAAUCAUUGAUUGGUCAGGACAGAUUAAGUGCAGGUUUUUCAAUCUAAGAAAAUAUAUCUUUAAGUAAGCUUUAAUUCAAGAACAAUUUACGAUUGCAUAAUUUCACAUGUAUGAGUAAUAAACAAGCACAAGAAGUAAAGUGACAACUGUUUCUAAUAGGUCUACUGGGUAAUUACGCUAUAAUUAGAGGUGGUUAUUGAUUUUCUAACUAAGGUGAAGUGUUAGCUUUAGACUGUUUUGAAAAAUAGUCCCAGGUUUUGUUGCAGAUAAUAAAACGAGAAAAAUUAGAAAUGCAUUGAAUAAAUAAGAUUUGAAAGUUUUAUCCAGUUUUUUGUUAUGAAUGAUUAGAAAAUAACUUUCAGUAUUAAAUAUAAGUAACAUUUUGAAAUAAAGUUAUUUAAAAAAUUCAUUGGAUACAUCUUCUCAAAAAUUGCAAAAUCAUCACCACUUGGUUUCCCUGGAAAAUAAAAUAAUAAUUUGUCUAUUCAUGAAUAACUAUUGCGGACCUAUUUCUGCUGCGAACCUUUGGGUCCGUUUGGAGAAAUGGGAAGUAUCCAUAGUUAAGACAACUGAGGAUGAUCCUCUUUUGAUUGAGAUGUACGUCGAAUGUGUGAAACUGUAACGAGUUCGUUUUAAUAUAAACUCACCCACUUCCCGCCUUUAACGGGAAGCGAAAUAGACUUGCGGCAUGUGGCUAAUUUACGUGCCUUCCUGUCUGACCUGAAGAUUUUAGUACAAACUCUAAUCCGCUCCCGAUUUCCGGUGUUAUCAUGGCCAUUUUACAUUAUCAACGCAGUUGACAAGAACUAAUCAUUUUGAUACUCUGUCCAUUAAAAUUAUCAAGUAGGAUUUUCUUUUUCAACUGAAAAGAAAAAUUGAAGCUUUGGUCGUGCUUUUUUUCGUUAAGGACCUAAAUGAUUCGACAGUUAAUCAAAUUCCAGGAAUUGCCGCCUUUAACGGGAAGCGAAAUAAACAAGCGGCAUGUGGCUAAUUUGUAUAAAUCAGCUUGCGUGCCUUCCUGUCUGACCUGAAGAUUGAAAUACAAACUCUAAUCCGCUCACGAUUUCCGGUGUUAUCAUGGCCAAUUUACAUUAUCAACUCAGUUGACAAGAACAAAUCAUUUUGAUACUCUGUCAAUUAAAAUUAUCAAGUAGGAUUUCCAUUUUGAACAGGAAAUAAUAAAUUGAAGUUUUUGUCUCGCUUUUUUUUUCUUUAAGAACCUUAACGAUUCGACAGUUGAUCAAAUUCUAGAAUAUUUAGAAGCAUGCGUUAAAAAAAAAGGAUAAACAGAUAAACAGUUGCAUGUCACAAACGGAAGAGGUCAUGGCCGAUUUCCGUUCUGUUUUCUCGGAAAUCUAAAUAUAGUCUUAAAAGGCAGCUUUCUAGUUUUUCAAAAGAAAAUAAUUCAUUUUCUGUUUACCGUAUCUGAACGAUUUCCUCGAAAACAUUAGCGUCUUGCCUACACUUUUAAAGUUCUCUGGGAAUUACUAGUUCAUGCAUGAUAGACUCCAUAUAGGAUAGAAGGGAAAUAGAGUCGAAUGUCUCGCCAGGUAAAGCAAAAAACGAAUUUUGGUCAAAGUUGAUGAAGACGUUGUGAGACAAAUUCCCUUUCAUGCUUUCAUGAGCGAUAGAUGGUUGCCACAGACGAAGGAAGGAGGGGGAGAGGGUGGGGAGAGAAGGACUGACCACAUUUUAAAGAAAUACAAAGGCCAACACAUUUCUAAAAUGAGCCGUUUAUACGCGUUUUGCGAUUUUCAGACCCUUGACGUUCCUCAUCUAAAUAUUUUCCUCCCAUAACGCCCCCAAGGCUUUCCCUCCAGCUACAAUCCAUCCAACGAAGUCAACUGAGCCAAGGAACGUGACUGGCCAGAAAUAGAUCCAAUUAAAUGAAUAAUGUCUUCUUUUCUAGGAAUCUGAAGCAAAGGCGAAGUGUUUAAAUUGUUUGUAAGGAUUAUCCAUCUUUAUGUGGAGUUACGUGCAAAAUUUUUUUUCCUCAAAAUGCGCAUCGAUAACAGUUUAAGAACUUCUGGUGCGACUAGAAUCAAUUUCGUUCUAUAAUAAAUUGAGUGCACGAAGCUUCGUUUGCUGCGUUUUUCCAAACGAUAUUUAGUCAAAUUUUUGUCUUUAAUUGCUUAUAUUUCAAGCAACUUUAAUUACCCUGGGUUCAGUUGUCUAAAAUCGAGGCUUCAUCUCAGGCAACAACGUCUUUUUAUCAUUACAAAAAAGUCACCUUAGUCCUGAAGUGCGAUCGGCCAGAGGAAGUCAGCUGUCAUAGACUUUGCGCUGUUUUCUCGGAAACUGAAACAAUAUCUCGGAUUUCGUAUGAAUGUUUUGAUAGGGCUCGUCCCUUUAAUAUAAGUAACACAUCAGUUAACUACAGUUUAAGGCGAUCAUCAUGAAUCCUCUCUUGAAGAGUCUCAAGAAACAAGUUACUUGCUCGAUUUGUCUCGAUACCUACACCGAGCCCAAAACCAUAUCAUGUCUUCACACAUUUUGCUGUGAGUGUUUACAGAGACAUGCAAUAGAGAACCAGAGACAAGAGAAAUUCCGAUGCCCCGAGUGUCAGGCAGAAAUCGAUUUACCACAAGGAAAUUGCUUCGACCGCUUGCCUAGCAGCUUUUUCCACAAAAGUCUGUUAGGUGUCCUUCUUCAAGCGGAAGAUUGCGAAGCCAUUGCGAGGCAACAACUGGACACUUGCUCGCAACAUACGGAAGAAAGAGUGCGAUAUUACUGUUCCUCGUGUGAAGCGUGUAUUUGUCCGAUUUGCGUCACCGAAGACCACCAAGGCCAUGCGUUUGAAAUGCUUGAAAAAGCAGUGCAAGAGGAUAAGAAAAACAUUAUGUCGACUGUCGAGACCAUCAAGGAAAAGGUAAACUUGUUUCGAGCACAGUUAGAAAAAACAUCAGAGGAUGUGGAAAUGAUUAUCGCAAUCGCUAAACAGGAAGUGUCGGAGGCAACUGAAGACGUGAUCACAGAGACGAGACAGCAAGAAAAACAGCUCUUAGAGUCCUUAGAAAUAACACGUAACAAAAGAAUAGAACGAAUCAACUCGGCUAAGCAAGAACUGGAAUCUCUAAUAAAAAAAAUUAACCAAGCAGCUGAAUUUGCGGAGAGUCUGGUGCAACGAAGAUCAGCUGUGGAUAUCAUACAGAACAAAAACAAAUUGAGGCAGAAACUUGAAGAGCUUCGUAGAGUUGAAGUUCCAAAACAUCGCCAGGCUACAUUUGUCAAAUUUACUGCCGCAUCGCAACACAACUUUAAACUGGGCUCUAUUCAGGUCUCCGAGAAGCCGGCAAUCGCAGCUAAAUCAACUCUAGAAGGACUGGAUCAAACUUUUCAAGUUGGUGUAGAAGCAAAGUUUACGUUGUGCCCACGGACAUCUGGCGGAGAGAUGAGUGACCACGCUGAUCUCAAAGAUCAACUCGAAUUGCUAAUAACACCUGCCAAAGAUGUGACGAAUGUGACUCUUGAUGAGAAAUAUGACGGUAACGUUAGGCUGAAGUUUAUUCCCAAAGUACCUGGGGCCUACAGCACUGAGGUGAAGAUUAAUGGCGAUAAACUACCGACCUGUCCUAUCACUGUGCAGGUUAAAGAACGUGAACUUGUCGUGGUCGGUGAGUUGAAGUUAAAGUUCUUUCCAGGGCACACGCUUGAACGGUUAUAUGGAGUUGUUGUGAAUACCGAAGGCCAGAUAGUUGUGACAGAUAACCUUGGCAACUGUGUAUAUGUUUUUGAUAAAGAUGGCAACUGUAUGAGAAAAAUCGGAAGCAAGCGUAGCCAUACAGGACAAUUUCAGUUUCCUAAAGGCAUUUCGUUUUUAAAUGACAACGAAGUCCUAAUUGUAGACUUAGGCAAUUGCAGAAUACAACGAGUUAAUAUUCAGACAGGAACUGUAGUGAAAAGUUUUGGAAAAGAAGGCAGACAAAAAGGAGAGUUUAGCGGGUGCUCUUUUUAAUCCUGCUGAAAUGGUUUUAUGGAUCACUCUUUGCCGAAAUCACAUGACUGGAGAGGCUCACAUUUUUGUUCUUUCGAGCACUACUUUCGUGGUAGGAUAUAAUUUUUGGAAAAAAGAAAAAAAAGAAAAGUUUGACGAGCAAAUGUGGCGGUUUUUUUUCUUCUCUUGGUUACCCUUCCUAAUGAGGAAAAAGGCAUAAAAAUAAAGUAAUAGAAAAUAAACAAAUAAUUUUAUCAACAAAUUUAAAAAAAUUGUUGCAUAAACAAAUUAAUAAAACGUGAUUGGAAUUAAUUGUCGUCCCGUUUCUGCCACUAAACCAUCAAAAACGUAGUCGCUUUGUUAAGUAAUUGAAUCUUUUGUACAAAACUAAAUGGAACAAACUAAAUUAAGUGCUUAUUGAACGGUUAACAUGAUGGUAAAUCAGAACUAACCUCAGAUAUUUCACUUACUGCCUGCUUCAUUUGGUGAUCACAUAAUUUGUCUCCGUUUACAAGUAUACAUGAUGAGUUACUAUUGCGGACCUAUUUCUGCUGGAAACCUUUGGGUCAAUUUAGACAAAUGGGAAGUAGCCGUAGUUAAAACAAGAGAGUAUGAUACUCUUUUGGGUAAGAGGAAUAUGUCCCCGACAAUUUUUUUUUUUUGUAGAGAUCAACGUCCAAUGCAUAAAACUGUAAUGACUUCGUUAUAUAACCCACCCACCUCGCUCCCCCUUCCCCCCCCUCCUCCUUACCCACGCUUCCCGCCUUUAUUUCACAGUUAGAACAGGAGCGAAAUAAACAAGCGGCAUGUGGCUAACUUGCAUAAAUCAGCUUCGUUUUUCAAUCGGGACAUUUUCUCACUUUGACACUCAACGUUGUAACAAACUUCCUCCACAGAAAAAGAGAGGUCCCAGUUCUGUUGCUGGCAACGCAGCUGACCACAAUGAUUGACGUCCUUGACUCGACCCAGUUUCCAAAACACUCCCGAGGCGCUACUAGCGCGUAAUGUUGCAUUCAACUUUGGGGGUUCGGCUGGUAGGUGUUCACUUGCGUUGCAGGAAAGGCUCUUCCUGUAAAGCAAAAUGUAAAAAUCAGUGAACGCCUGCGUUGUUUUAAUUCACUGAGUGAUUCACACGCGCGAGUGACAUAUCUUUCUUGAUAAGCACUUCUCUGGAGUGUCGGUUAUCUCGCUCGCGGAAAGUAGAGCAUGUAGCAGAUAAUUUCGGGAGACAGCUAAUAUUUCAACAAAUUUAGCAACGAGUCGGCUGCCUUAACUUCAACACAUGAAUGAAUCAUGACUUUAUCUGAUGUCCACGGAGCGCUCAGACAUGCGUGGAAUCUCACAGACUAACGUGGAUUUGUUUACACGAAGGUGGAUUUGUGCAAACUCAUAUCUAGUAAGAACUUUCCGGCAGGUCAGCCGCACCGCGUACAAUGACAACUAAUGGUUUGUUUGUUUUUAAUUUGCAGCUUUUCUUAAGCAACCUGUGGGAUUAAACAAGAAAAUAGCGACACACGAAUGUCCAAAUCCAUAUCUCCCAAUUGUUUUAUAUAAAGAAACGCUGUUUGUUUUCACUAUAGUCGUCAUGUCGUUGUGGUAUUUUUGUACAAUUUGUAAAAACAGUAAAAAUAUUGGAUUGUUUUUUUUCUUCAAAGUACUUUUACAAUGAACAAAGGACUUCUUUUAGCCUCUGUUUGUUACCUCAAAAAUCUGUCGCGAAUAGUGCAAGGCACUGCAAGGCACAAGCUACAGGUUCUUAAGACUGUGCUAGGUGAUCCAUUAAGAAAACUGCCAAAUUUGACAAUUACGUCAGAGUAGAUUUACAAACACACAAGGUCAUAUUCAGUCUGCCAUGAAGAAGUUAAACGUCCUUUGAGAGAGUUUCGCGCAAAAAGUAUGUAAUCAAAGAUCGAAAUUUUUAUCAAGGUUUUUGUUCGAGUUUAUUUUCAAGUUACGAUGUGCAUACACCUUUUUGAAACAGGGAAACUUGCAGUAGAUAUGAUACGAAAAGUUUAAUGUAGGGGCAAUUCUUACGAGAUUGAAGAUAGAUACGCUAUUUUGCCAUGAAGAAAAUGUUUCGUCUUGAAUAAUUUUAAUUUACAACCAUAUAGUAAGCUUUGAAGCCCUUUUUUCACGUGCGUUGCGUUCCCAAGUUAACUUUAGUUUUAACAUCAUUGUUUACUUUUCAAGAGUCGCUGAAAGCUUUUAUUCACACAGGGUCUUAAUUCAUGAAAUCUACAAAGGGUCAUGGUGUCGAAGCCCCUGUCUAAUUUACACCACAAAUUCGUAUUCAACGGUUUUAUGUGUUAAUGCUUCAGUUAUACUUCCCUGGUACCAGUUCUAAGAUGUCAGAAAACACAGAAACGCCACUUCAAAGUCUAGUCGUAUAUGAGCUGAAUCAAAAGGUUAUAGGUCAUAUCGGAGUUAAGCAACUCAAGCAAACUUUCUUCUCGGUAAAAGCAAAGGAAAGAAUUUUCUUUUUUUUGAACCGUAACCCAGUCACCGUGUGUAUCUCAGCGUGACGUUCCUCUUAAAAGACAUUGCAGUUGCUUACCCAGGCUCACUCGUGUCUAUUGAUUCGAGAUGCUACCGAAAUAGAUCUGGGCAAGGCAUAUGCCACAAACCUCCUUAAAGAAAAUCAUCUUCUAAUGAUACUUUUAAGACCAAAACAGUCGAGUGGUCUUAUUCUCAGAGAAAGAGAGGUAUCCUGUGUAGGCGCACACCAAAUGAAAUGUACCCUAUUUACCCCGCGUGAAUUAUUUGCUAUUCAAAACGGCGGUGCGCGUGAGGAAUUUUGCGGUAUAAGUUUUCAUAGGGAUCGAAGCAAUUUUGGAAGCUGAAGAAAUAGGUUUAGACCUUGACUUGAUGUAAACUCUCUGCUGCUGUUUACAAAAGUAUACGAUUUUUCGAGUUAUCUUGUCCUUUAAACAAUUAGAACUAAAUCAACAGAAUGUAGUGACAUUUUAUCGACACCAUGAACUGCCGCUAAGCAGAAGGAACCUCGAAAUGAGAGCGUUCCUUUGAAGGUUAACACCAAAAAGGUAAGAGCAAGGAGAGGAAAAAGGAUCCUCUUUUAGUAAGAACACAGAGAACACAGAUAAUUAAGAACUGUUAAGGAUGGAGAAUUUAAAUAAGAGCAAUUGUUAGAGUAAGGUUAAAAAAGGUCGACAAAAUGUUUGAAUUCUAGUUAUGUCUGAUCGUAUGGUGUUCGUUAUCACCAGAAAAAAAAAUUAUGAUCAAAAAUCCACGUUGCAAAUUAUAGAUCUAUUGUGCUGCUCACUUCAAUUUUGCCAACAAACAUAUCAUUUCACACUUCAUGUAAAUGGUUAUUAAAACAAAGUUUAACAGUUAUUCAUUCAAACUGCGUUUUCAAUAAUCAAUCUUAAGUCAAGCAGAAAUAUCACCUAAACCUCAAGAUUCUGCGAAAUUGUUGAAAAAGCUCAUGUUUAGCACUAAAAGGAAGAAAAACUCACAGAUGAUCAUGCGGGAACUUUCAAAGUCAAUUGACCAUCAAAAACAGCGGUCCGCGUUUAAAUAUCCGGCACUAUCACUUUUCAACAUAUGUUUAAAUUCUCAUAACUAACAAUUUAACACUUGUUAACCUUGAUCGUUUUUGCAUACUGUCAAAAAAUAAAGCUCUCAGACAACAAGACUCAUUUCACAUAAACAAUAGAACGCUUCAGAGCUCUAACUGAGCUUAGGAACGUGAUUGGCUACAGGCAACCAGCUGAAACGGACUUUGUUCUGUUUUCUAGGAAUCUGAAAUAAACUCUUCAUUUAAUUUUACACGUCGCUUACAUACAUCGUUUGUACUUAUUGCCAAUACUGAUGGAGUCCCUUUUGGUAAAUCUCAAGAAACAAGUUACUUGUUCGAUUUGCCUCGAUACCUACUCCGAGCCCAAAACUAUAUCAUGUCUUCACACGUUUUGUUGUGAAUGUUUGGAGAAACAUGCAAGAGUGAGCCAGAAACAGGGAAAAUUCAGAUGCCCCGAGUGUCAGGCACCGAUCAAUUUACCAGAAGAAAAUCGCUUCGACCGUUUGCCUAACAGCUUUUUCCAUAAAAGCUUGCUGAGUCUUCUCGCUGUUCGACAAAGUGGCGAGGCAAGUAGCAUUACUUGUUAUCAAUGCAGCGCAACCAACCCUCAGAUGUACUACUGCUUCGAUUGCGGACGAUUCAUGUGCCCUGAUUGUUUCAACGCACAUGAAUUGCUUAAAAAGUCUUUUCAAGGACACAAAGUCACGCCAGUUCAAGACUUCAAAACAGAAGAUUACGAAGCAUUGUUAAGGCGACAACCGUUUUGUUCUCAAGAGUUCCACGAGAGAGAAAUUACACGGUUUUUUUGUUCGCAGUGUCAAGUUUGCAUUUGUCAAAUUUGCAUAGUCACGGAUCAUCAGAACCACAAAGUUGUUCUUCUCGACAAAGCAGCACACGAGGAAAAGGAUAACAUCAUGUCGGGCGCUAAAUUGGUCAAGAAAAUGGAAAGCGAGCUCCAGGAAGUCAUUAAGCAGUUUGAAGAAACCAUUUCUAAACUGGAAAGUAAUAUGGCAACGGCUAAGCGAGGCGUUAAGCAAACAGCUGAACAAAUGAUCGGAAGUAUUCGAGAGCGCGAGCGAGAGGCGUUACAAUCCCUCGAGGCAACACGCGUUUCGAGACUCCAUAUAAUUAACUCGGCUAAGCAGGAAGUGGAAUCCUUAGCAAAACAAAUGAGCCAAGCAGCUCAGUUUGCGGAAAACCUGGUGCAGAGAACCUCAAGCUCGGAUAUUAUGCAGAACAAAGAAACUUUAAGGACCAAAUUUGAAGAGCUUCUGCGAGUUGAAGUUCCAAAACAUCAGCAGACGACUUUCAUCAAAUUCAUUGCGACAUCUCAAAAGGACUUGAAACUGGGUUUUAUUGAAGUCACAGAAGACACCGCAAAGGCAGCUAAAUCAAUUAUAGAAGGACUGGAUCAAACUCUCCAAGCUGGUGUAGAAGCAGAGUUUACGUUAUGUCCAAAGACAUCUGGAGGAGAGAUGAGUAACCAGGCUGAUCUUAAAGGUCGAGUUGAAUUGCUGAUCAAACCCGUCAAAGAUGUUACAGACGUGAUUGUUGAAGAGAACGAAAACGGCAAUCUUAGAUUGAAGUUUACUCCCAAAGUACCUGGUGCCUAUAGUAUUGAAGUGAAGAUUAAUGGCGAUAAAUUACCGACCUGUCCUAUGAUUGUGCAGGUUAAAGAACGUGAACUUGGUGUGGUCGGGGAGUUGAUGUUAAAGCUCUUUCCAGGGGACACGCUGGAGCGGUUAUAUGGCAUUGCUGUGAAUACAGAAGGCCAGAUAGUUGUGACAGAUAACUUUGGCCACUGUGUUUAUGUUUUUGACAAAAAUGGCAACUGUUUGACUAAAAGUGGAGGCAAGGGUAGCUAUACGGGACAAUUUCAGUACCCUGAUGGCAUUUCGUUUUUAAAUGACAACGAAGUCCUAAUUGCAGACCUAAGGAAUUGCAGAAUACAACGACUUAAUAUUCAGACAGGAACUGUAGUGAAAAGUUUUGGAAAAUUCGGUAAAGAAAAAGGAGAGUUAAGUAAUCCAGUAGACGUUACUGUGGACGAUGUAGAGCGCAUUGUUGUAACCGAGAGAGAAAAUAAAAGGAUACAGGUGAUGUCAAAGGAAGGAGAGUCUAUUUUCAUAUUUGGAGACAAAGGCUCAGAGAAACUCCAUUAUCCAACCUGCUGCAUUCUUUACAAAGACAUGUUUCUCGUAUCUGAUGGUGGCAACCACUGCAUAAAAGCUUUUGAUCGGUCAGGAACAUUCUUAUACAAGUUUGGCAAAGAAGGGAAUCAAGAUGGACAGUUUAAAAGGCCGGGUGGUUUGCUUGUAGACAGCUCCAAUAAUCUUCUAGUAUGUGACACCGACAACAACCGAGUUCAACAGUUUUCUUUAGACGGUCGCUUCAUAGGUAAAAGUAUCACUCGUUUAUCUCAGCCUAUGGCAAUAACAAAAGCACCAGACGGACGUAUUCUUGUUACUAGCCAUGAUCAGAAAAAAGUGUACAUUUUGAAAUAG